CUCUUUCUCUCUCUUUUCUUUCCAUCUUCCUUCUCGAAGCCCAAUAAAUAUAUUCCCAUGCAUCUUCCAACCCUUCUACAUUAAUUAAGCACUUCUUCUUUAAUUUAAUCAACAUGGACUUCACUCCUCCUCCUUCGCCGCCGUCGUCGUCCUCUUUGCGUACUCUGGAAAUCACCGUGAUAUCCGGCGAGGGCCUGCGCCUCGGCGGCCGGAGAAAGGCCAAGAAUGCCUUCGUCACGAUCCGAACGGACCAUUACAACAGCCGGACGACAAGGGUCGAUCCCGAAGGCGGCAGCCACCCCUCGUGGAACGAGAAACUGGUGGUGGAUUUGCCGGUUCACUCCAGGUUCGUGACCGUGGCGGUGCAGUGCCGGGCCGGGUCGGGCACCCGACCAGUGGGGACGGCGCUGAUUCCUGCAACGGACUUCUUUGGGGGAUACACGCCGGAGAACUACCUGCAUUUCUUGAGUUAUCGGUUGAGGGACCCCACCGGCGUUCGGAAUGGGAUUAUUAAUAUUUCGGUGAGAGUGAAAGCGGCGCCGGAGGUUGGUGGCGUAUCUUCGUGGACGGAAUUAUCGCGGCCGUACAGGGUGGAGGGAAGCUUGGCGUGCGGGAAGGAUUCUUGGGGGGCGGUGACUGGAGUCCCGGUUUGGUGUUGAUCAUAUAUAUAUAUAUAUAUAACUUUUUCAAGUUGUAGGAGAAAGUGUUGUUUCAUUUAUUUAUUUAUUUGUCUUCCAUGUAGUUAAAAAAAAAUCAAUCAAAAUUAAUGUAAAUGCCUAUAAAAUUUUUAUAUAUUAAAAAUGUGACAUUUGAUAAAAUAAUAAGAGAGUUGGUGACUCCCAACAUCAAA